ACGGAUCACGCGCGCGGCAGCUGGGCCCCGGGAUUGCUGUCAGCCAAUGAGCGGGCGACACAGGCCCUCCCUCCCGGCUGGUUGGUGCGCCUGGGAGGACGCCGCUCGCCGCAGCCGCCGUUCGCCUUGCUGGGAAAAGGGGCUGGCUGCGCAGGGCAAAGCAUGGCUGCCAAGGUGGCUCUAACCAAGAGAGCUGAUCCAGCUGAAUUGAAAACAAUAUUUUUGAAGUAUGCGAGCGUUGAAAAAAAUGGUGAAUUUUACAUGUCUCCUAAUGACUUUGUCACACGUUUCCUGAAGAUAAUAGGGGAUGGCAUACCCAAUCCCUCCACGGUCCAGCUGCUUGGAGGUGUGGUGGAUCAGACUAAAGAUGGGUUGAUAUCCUUUCAAGAAUUUGUAGCCUUUGAAUCUGUUCUCUGUGCUCCAGAUGCACUGUUCAUGGUGGCAUUUCAGCUUUUCGACAAAACUGGCAAAGGAGAAGUAACUUUUGAGGAUGUUAAGCAGGUUUUUGGCCAGACCACAAUUCACCAGCAUAUUCCUUUUAACUGGAAUUCGGAAUUUGUGCAGCUCCAUUUUGGAAGAGAUCGGAAAAGACGCUUGACGUAUGCAGAGUUCACGCAGUUUUUGCUGGAAAUUCAGUUGGAACAUGCAAAACAAGCAUUUGUGCAACGAGAUAAUGCUCAAGCCGGAAGAGUCACUGCAAUUGAUUUCAGAGACAUUAUGGUCACCAUCAGGCCUCACGUGUUGACACCUUUUGUUGAAGAAUGUCUAGUGGCUGCUGCUGGAGGUACCACUUCUCAUCAAGUCAGCUUUUCCUAUUUUAAUGGAUUUAAUACCCUUCUUAAUAACAUGGAACUCAUUAGAAAAAUCUAUAGCACACUGGCUGGAAAUAAAAAAUAUGUGGAAGUCACUAAAGAGGAGUUUGUUCUGGCAGCUCAGAAAUUUGGCCAAGUUACACCCAUGGAAGUGGACAUCUUGUUCCAGUUAGCAGAUUUAUAUGAGCCACGGGGGCGCCUAUCUUUAGCUGAUAUUGAAAGAAUUGCUCCUCUGGAAGAGGGAACGUUGCCCUACAAUCUGGCAGAGGCUCAGAGACAGCAAGCUGCUGGUGAACGGUCUCGACCGAUUCUCAUCCAAAUAGCAGAAUCUGCCUACAGGUUUGCCCUUGGUUCCGUUGCUGGAGCUGUUGGAGCCACUGCAGUAUAUCCAAUCGAUCUUGUGAAAACCAGAAUGCAGAACCAGCGCUCCACUGGAUCCUUUGUGGGGGAGCUGAUGUACAAGAACAGCUUUGAUUGUUUUAAGAAAGUGCUGCGCUAUGAAGGAUUCUUUGGGCUCUAUAGAGGUCUUUUGCCACAGUUAUUGGGAGUGGCCCCAGAGAAGGCUAUCAAGCUUACUGUAAAUGAUUUUGUGAGAGACAAAUUUAUGAACAAAGAUGGGUCUGUUCCUCUCGUAGCAGAGAUUCUGGCUGGUGGCUGUGCAGGAGGAUCGCAAGUGAUUUUCACCAACCCCUUAGAAAUCGUCAAAAUUCGUUUGCAAGUGGCUGGAGAGAUCACCACUGGCCCACGUGUUAGUGCCCUCACAGUAUUGCGUGACCUGGGAUUUUUUGGCCUGUACAAGGGAGCCAAGGCCUGCUUUCUCCGCGACAUCCCCUUCUCUGCUAUUUACUUUCCUUGUUAUGCUCACAUGAAAUCUGCAUUUGCAAGUGAAGAUGGGCGGGUGAGCCCUGGAUAUUUGCUUCUGGCUGGAGCAAUAGCUGGCAUGCCUGCUGCAUCCUUAGUGACCCCUGCAGAUGUCAUCAAGACUAGGUUACAGGUGGCAGCUCGUGCAGGACAGACAACCUACAGUGGAGUCAUCGAUUGCUUUGGCAAGAUCCUACGAGAGGAAGGGCCACGGGCUUUUUGGAAAGGGGCAGGAGCUCGUGUAUUUCGCUCCUCUCCUCAAUUUGGAGUGACCUUGUUGACCUACGAGCUGCUGCAGAGGUGGUUUUAUAUCGACUUUGGAGGAAUAAAACCGGCAGGCUCCGAACCUGUCCUGAAAUCGAGGAUUACUCUACCUGCACCUAACCCUGACCACGUAGGGGGCUACAAACUGGCCGUUGCUACAUUUGCAGGGAUUGAAAACAAAUUUGGACUUUACUUACCUCGAUUUAAGUCCUCAACAUCUACCUCACGGGCAUCAGCUGUAGUUUGAUCCAAAAAUGGUUUUUACCAAAAGCUCUGGAGAAAGAGCCAUUUGUCUGAUCAGUUUUAAUAUUUUGUACCAUUUGCUUUUCCGCAUCAACCAAGAUCAUCUGAAUUGCAGUUCUUCCCUCCUCCCCUUUACAUGUAAAUACAGGCCUUUGUGCUUUCUCUGUCAGAUCACUGUGAAAUUCUUACUAAAGUAGUCUUUCUCUCCCCCCCCCCCCACCUUUCUUUUUGUUCCUUUUUUGGUUUGGGCCCAUGAAUGUAAUUUUUUAACUUGUACAUACCUUGGAUCAUGAAUAUACUUGACGCUAGUGUGGGACAGGCAUUCAUAUGUAAUGGUUUUUCCCUUGGGAAGGGUGGUGGUGGGCAUGCUGGGAGAGUUGUGAAACAUGACCACUCAACUGAGGUGAGAGGGCUGUUCUGCCAUUGUGGCUGCACACUGAGUAUUACACAGUGUUGUAUAAUAUAUUUUUGACAGAGAUCAUGGUGCUAGAUGCAGAAUGAUAUAGACUGUGUGUGUGAAUCGGUUACACGUUCAGUCUGUUGCCUGUACUGCUGUAGGCUUCAUGAGUACAAGACGUUCCUGACACUGACCCUGUUGCUACAUUCAAUGCACGUAUACACGCACAAGUUCAGUUCCUGGAAUGUAUUAUGCGGCUUUUACGGGGAACAUGUUCUUGUAACGGGAACCAGAUAGAAAAAUGUAUAGCAAUUACAUUCUCUUUCUGGGAUGGGGAGAGGCAGAAGUAUUGUUUUUCCAUAGGCUGUGCACUUUAUGGAAUAACUUAGGAGUAUCCCAUUACAUGCAGUGACAUUUAGAAGCCAAGGCCACGAUCCAUCAAACAACGUAGCUGUACAUUUCUCCGUUACUUUCCAGAACCAUGUGCUCCAGGGCUCCUACUUAAGUGAGCAGAGAAGGGGCCUAACCUAGACCUGCUGAUACUUGGAUUCUUCUUUUGUGUUAUGCAUUUAGGCUAAUUGCUGCUUUUUAAAAUAAAUGCAAUAGAGAAAUCUGUGGACUGUAUCAAUAUUACCUGCCUUAACUGCCAGCUUGUAAUUGGG